AUGCCGUACACGACCGAACAUUUCUUGGACUACAUCAGGGCGUUUAAUAUCCCAGAUUGGGACAAACAACAUGCAUUUUAUGCACAAGACGUUACUUUGGACCUACCUACUGGUGACAAUAUCCCGACGCUGAAAGGGUCGGAAGGAAUCAAGGGCCACUACCGAACUCUUUUACACAAUUUCACUGAGAAAUUAGUACCGAUUGAAGUGAUCAUUGAGGGUGACCGGAUCUUUUUCUGGAUGGAAACGAACUUUCAAGCAAAAGCUCCAGGCCCAGCACCAAGUGGAUUUACCGUUGAAGCAGGCGACAUCGUCCGAGUUGUCGUGUGGGCGUACUACGAGUGUGAGGGAGAUCUCAUGAAAACUAUCGUUACAAACCAACUAAGUGCGGAGUUCAUCGGAAAGACCAUGACACUGGAGGAGGCAAUUAAAGACAGCCAGUCUCGCGCAAAGAGGCCCGAGCUCUUACUGCAGUAUUAG